CAGGGAGGAGCAGCUCCCGGUCCGGGGAGCGCAGCCCCUCUCCCGAGUCCCCCGGGACACCCCCCUCCCCUGCCCGUACCGGCGGGGGUGCCGGCCCAGCCCCAUCUCCCUCCCCCCGCUCUCCCCGCCCCGGGGCCGUUCCCCUUUAAGGAGGCGGGUCCGGGGGAGCGCUCGGCCGGACGAUGCUCCGCGUCUUCAUCCUCCGCGCAGAGAAUGUCCGCACGGCGGACGCGGACAUCAGCGACGCGUACUGCUCCGCCAGCCUCGCAGGGGUGAAGAAGAGGACGAAAGUCAUCAAGAACAACAUCAACCCUGUAUGGAACGAGGGCUUCGAGUGGGACCUGAAGGGAUGUCCCCUGGACCCGGCUGCCGAACUCACCGUCGUCGUCAAAGACCAUGAGACCGUGGGGAGGAACAGGUUCCUGGGGGAAGCGCGGGUGCCCCUGCGCGAUGUGCUCUCCUCGCCCAGCCUGGCCGCCUCCUACAACCUGCCGCUGCUGGACUCCAGGGGACAGAGCACCGGGGCUCUCCUCAGCCUGCAGGUGUCCUACAUCCCCCCGCCAGGUGCCGUCCCCCUCUUCCCUCCUCCGGCCCCCCCUGAGCCGGCACCGGCCGCUGCUGAGCCUGACACGGUCACCGAAACGGCCGGAGAGGAGGAGACAGAGGAUCAGGUGGCAACGGGGGAUGAGACGGAGCCCUCGUCGGCCUCAGGGCCACCGGGGUCUGAGCCCCCAUCGCUGCCCCGCAAACCCCCCCUGCACCAUAUCCAGGGGGUGAGGAGGAGGAGGAAGAGCUCAACCAAAAAGCCUCUGUCCAACAAGCCACAGGAUUUCCAGAUCAGGGUGAGGGUCAUUGAGGCCCGGCAGCUCCCCGGGGUCAACAUCAGGCCUGUGGUGAAGGUGACAGCCGCCGGGCAGACGAAGAGGACCAGGAUACGCAAAGGCAACAGCCCCUUCUUCGACGAGACCUUCUUCUUCAACGUCUUCGAGGCGCCGGCCGAGCUGUUCGACAUGCCCAUCUUCAUCACGGUUGUGGACUCUCGGUCAUUCCGGGCAGACUCGGUGAUCGGGGAGUUUCGGAUGGAUGUCGAGACCGUUUACUCGGAGCCAAAACACGCGUUCCUCAGGAAGUGGCUGUUGCUCUCGGACCCGGAGGAUUUCUCCGCGGGGGCCAAGGGCUACCUGAAGGUCAGCCUGUUCGUGCUGGGGCCUGGAGAUGAAGCUCCCCUGGAGAAGAAGGAAAUAUCUGAGGACAAGGAGGAUAUUGAGGGCAACCUCCUGCGUCCCACCGGGGUCACCCUGAGAGGGGCUCAUUUCUGCCUGAAGAUCUUCAAAGCCGAAGAUUUGCCCCAAAUGGACGACGCCGUCAUGGACAAUGUCAGGCAGAUCUUCGGCUUCGAGAGCAACAAGAAGAACCUGGUGGAUCCCUUUGUGGAAGUCAGCUUCGCGGGCAAGAUGCUCUACUCCAGGAUCCUGGAGAAGAACGCCAACCCGCAGUGGAACCAGUGCCUGACGCUGCCGGCCAUGUUCCCGUCCAUGUGUGAGAAGAUGAGGAUCCGGGUGACUGACUGGGACCGUCUGACGCACAACGAUGUCAUCGGCACUGCCCACCUCUGCAUGUCCAAGAUCUCGGCCCCUGGCGGGGAGCUGGAGGAUGAGUUUCCUGCUCUUGCGAAGCCUCUGAAAGCCGCAGACCUGGACGACGGGCUCGGGUUCCUGCCGACCUUCGGUCCCUGCUACAUCAACCUCUACGGCAGCCCCCGCGAGUUCACCGGCUUCCCCGACCCUUACGAGACUCUCAAUUUAGGAAAGGGCGAAGGAGUGGCGUAUCGCGGCAGGAUGCUGGUGGAGCUGGAGACCAAACUGGUGGAGCACGUGGAGCAGAAGGUGGAGGACAUUUCCGCGGAUGACAUCCUGCGGGUGGAGAAGUACCUGCGCCGUCGGAAGUACUCGCUUUUCGCUGCCUUCUACUCGGCCACCAUGCUCCAGGACGUGGACGAUGCCAUCCAGUUUGAGGUCAGCAUCGGCAACUAUGGCAACAAAUUUGACAACACCUGCCUGCCCUUGGCCUCCACCACCCAGUACAGCCGGGCCGUCUUCGAUGGUUGUCAGUAUUACUACCUGCCCUGGGGCAACGUGAAGCCCGUGGUGGUGUUGUCAUCCUACUGGGAAGACAUCAGCUAUCGGACCGACGCUCAAAACCUUCUCCACCACGCGGCGGACAGGCUGGAAGCCAACCUGGAGAAGGUCCACCUUGCCCUCAAGGCCAACUGCUCGCCCAGCGAGCUGGACGCGCUGGCUGCCCAGCUCAUGGAUGACGUUAUCGCCGACUGCAGCCUGAGCCUGCCCGACGUGCUGGGGAAGGCGGCCAGCACCCACCUGGACCAGAACAUGUACCGCUUCCGCAGCUCCAACCUGGAGCAGAUGGUCAAGGCCGCCCUGAAGCUCAAGCACGAGGACUCGAGCCUGGCGGUGGCCCUGGAGCAGGCGGAGGACUGGCUGGCCAGGCUGAAGGCCAUGGCCGAGGAGCCCCAAAACAGCCUGCCCGACAUAGUGAUCUGGAUGCUGCAGGGGGACAAGCGCGUGGCGUACGCCCGCGUGCCGGCCCACCAGGUCCUGUUCUCCAGGAACAUCUCCGGCUGCUGUGGCAAGAACUGUGGGAAGCUGCAGACCAUCUUCCUCAAGUACCCCCAGGAGGAGGCGAUGGGGCCCAGGAUCCCAGCCCAGCUGCGGGUCCAGCUCUGGUUCGGGCUGUCGGUCGAUGAGAAGGAGUUCAACCAGUUUGCCGAGGGGAAGCUCUCUGUCUUUGCUGAAACUUAUGAGAACCAGACCAAGCUGGCGCUGGUGGGGAACUGGGGCACCACUGGCCUGACCUACCCCAAAUACUCAGAUGUCACCGGCAAGAUCAAGCUGCCCAAGGACAGCUUCCGUCCCUCCACGGGCUGGACCUGGGCCGGGGACUGGUUCAUCUGCCCGGAGAAGACGUUGCUGCACGAUGUGGACGCCGGGCACCUGAGCUUCGUGGAGGAGGUGUUUGAGAACCAGGUCCGGCUGCCGGGAGGCCAGUGGAUCCACAUGACUGAUGCCUACAGCGACGUGAACGGGGAGAAGGUCCUGCCUAAGGAUGAGAUUGAGUGUCCUCCUGGCUGGAAAUGGGAAGACUUGGAGUGGGACACGGAUCUCAACAGAGCAGUGGAUGAGAAAGGCUGGGAAUAUGGCAUCACCAUCCCGCCGGACCGCAAGCCCAAGGCCUGGGUGCCGGCCGAGAAGAUGUACCACACCAACCGGCGCCGGCGCUGGGUGCGGCUGCGCCGGCGGGACCUGGCGCAGAUGGAGGCCAUGAGGAAGCACAAGCAAGAGGAGCUGGACGGGGAGGGCUGGGAAUACGCUUCGCUCUUCGGCUGGCGCUUCCACCUCAAGUAUCGCCGGACAGACACCUUCCGCCGCCGGCGCUGGAGGCGCAGGAUGGAGCCACUGGAGCGCACCGGGGCCGCUGCCGUCUUCGCCUUGGAGGGGGCACUGGGGGGAGUGACAGAUGACAAGAGUGACGAUGGCAAAUCCAUCUCCACCCUCAGUUUCGGCGUCAACAGACCCACCAUUUCGUGCAUAUUUGACUGUGGGAACAGGUACCACCUCCGCUGCUACAUGUACCAGGCGCGGGAUCUGAUGGCCAUGGACAAGGACAGCUUCUCAGAUCCUUAUGCCAUUGUCUCCUUCCUCCACCAAAGCCAGAAGACAGUGGUGAUCAAGAACACCCUGAACCCCACCUGGGACCAGACACUCAUCUUCUAUGAGAUCGAGAUCUUCGGGGACCCCCAGAAUGUGUCUGACUCCCCUCCCAACAUCGUGGUGGAAAUAUAUGACCACGACACCUACGGUGCGGAUGAGUUCAUGGGGCGCUGCAUCUGCAAGCCCAGCCUGACCCGCUCGCCGCGGCUCUCCUGGCACCCGGUCAUCAAGGCCAACAGGAACGUCGGGGAGCUGCUGGCUGCCUUCGAGCUCAUCCAGAGGGAGAAGCCAGCUGUCCAUCACAUCCCUGGCUUCGAGAGCGAGCUGGCCUCCAGCCUGGACGAGUCCGCGGACCUGGACCUGCCGUACCCCCCGCCCCAGCGGGAGCCCAACAUUUACAUGGUCCCCCAAGGAAUCAAACCGGUGCUGCAGCGCACGGCCAUCGAGAUCCUGGCCUGGGGGCUGAGGAACCUCAAGAGCUACCAGCUGGCCAGCGUCACCUCCCCCAGCCUGAUAGUGGAGUGUAGUGGGCAGCUCGUGCAGUCCUGCGUCAUCAAGAACGUCAAGAAGAACCCCAACUUUGAUGUCUCUGUGCUCUUCAUGGAAGUGCGUUUACCCCAGGAGAGCCUGUACAGCCCCCCCAUCAUCAUCAAAAUCAUUGACAACAGGCCGUUUGGCCGAAGGCCCGUGGUGGGACAGUGCACCAUCCGCUCCUUGGAGGACUUCUACUGUAACCCCUACGAAGAGGAGACGAGUGGUCCCCAGGAGCCCUCAGAUGACGUGAGCCUCACGCCCAGGGAUGACGUCCUCAUUGACAUUGAUGACAAAGAGCCUCUUAUUCCUGCGCAGCUUGCAGAGGGUAUGACCAGCUCAGCACUAAUUAACAUGCCAGCCGCUUGGGCCCAGCCUCAUAAGAUACCGUGGGAGGAAGAGUUCAUUGACUGGUGGAGCAAAUUCUAUGCUUCCAUGGGAGAGAGAGAAAAAUGUGGCUGCUAUUUAGAGAAGGGCUUCGACACCCUGAAGGUCUACGAGACAGAGCUAGAGAACGUGGAGGAUUUUGAGCAUCUCUCUGACUUCUGCCACACGUUCAAGCUGUACCGCGGCCGGUCACAGGACCUGAGCGACGACCCCUCGGUGGUGGGGGAGUUCAAGGGUUCCUUCAAAAUUUACCCUCUCCCAGAUGACCCGCGAGUCCCGGUGCCGCCUCGGCAGUUCCACCAGCUGCCGGCCAGAGGACCCCAGGAGUGUCUCAUCAGGGUCUAUGUCAUCCGGGCCUUUGGCCUCCAGCCCAAGGAUGCCAAUGGGAAGUGCGAUCCUUACGUGAAGAUUUCAGUGGGAAAGAAAUCCAUAAAUGACCAAGAAAAUUACAUCGCCUGCACGCUGGAGCCUGUCUUUGGAAAGAUGUUUGAGCUGAGCUGCACCCUGCCCCUGGAGAAAGACCUGAAGAUCACGCUCUAUGACUACGACCUCCUCUCGAAGGAUGAGAAGAUUGGGGAGACCGUCAUAGACCUGGAGAACCGGUUCCUGUCUAAAUAUGGGGCACGCUGUGGCCUCCCCCAAACCUACUGCGUCUCUGGACCCAACCAGUGGCGAGACCAGCUCCGUCCUUCCCAGCUGCUUCACCUCUUCUCCCUGCAGCACAACUACAAGGCUCCUGUCUACAAGUCCGACCGGCUCACCUUCAGGGAUCAAGAGUACAUCCUCUCUGAGCUGGAGGACGGCAAAGCCCUGAACCCGCACCUGGGGCCGGUGGAGGAGCGUCUCGCCCUGGCCGCCCUGCGCAAGCAGGGGCUGGUGCCCGAGCACGUGGAGACCAGAGCCCUGUACAGCCCUCUGCAGCCGGACAUCGAGCAGGGAAAGCUACAGAUGUGGGUGGACCUGUUUCCGAAAUCUCUGGGGCUGCCCGGCCCCCCUUUCAACAUCACGCCACGCAGAGCCAAGAGGUUCUUCUUGCGCUGCAUCAUCUGGAACACCAAGGACGUCAUCCUUGAUGACCUCAGCAUCACUGGGGAGAAGAUGAGUGACAUCUACGUCAAAGGCUGGCUGGUUGGCCACGAGGAGAACAAGCAGAAGACAGAUGUGCACUACAGGUCUAUGGGAGGAGAGGGCAACUUCAACUGGAGAUUCGUCUUCCCCUUCGACUAUCUCCCUGCUGAGCAAAUGUGCUACAUUGCAAAGAAGGAGCACUUCUGGAGCUUGGACAAGACAGAAAACAAGAUUCCACCGCAGCUUAUCUUCCAGAUCUGGGACAACGACAAGUUCUCCUUUGAUGACUAUUUGGGCUCCAUCCAGAUGGACCUCAACAAGAUGCCCAAACCUGCCAAGACGGCUGAGAAGUGCUCCUUGGAGCUGGUAGAUGAGACCUUGGCCUCAAGUCGCUUUGUGUCACUCUUCGAGCAGAAAACCGUCAAGGGCUGGUGGCCCUGCGUUGCUGAGCAGGAUCACAAGAAGAUCCUGGCGGGCAAACUGGAGAUGACUUUGGAAAUUGUGGCCGAACAAGAGCAUGAAGAGCGGCCAGCUGGCGUAGGGCGGGAUGAGCCGAACAUGAACCCCAGGCUGGAGGACCCCAAGCGCCCAGAGACGUCCUUCCUGUGGUUCACCUCCCCGUACAAGACCAUGAAGUACAUCCUGUGGCGUCGGUACAAGUGGGUGGUUAUCCUGGCCAUUGUGUUCUUCAUUUUGCUGCUCUUCCUGGGGAUCUUCAUCUACGCCUUCCCGAACUACGCUGCUAUGAAGCUGGUGAAGCCUUUCCACUGAAGCCGUGCCGGAAGGCGCCCGGAAUGUUCGGUGCCUGCCGGCGCGUUUUGGGGAGAAGCUGUGGCCUGUGCACCGGAUCGCACCCAUGGAUGGAGGUGGGGCAGGAACCGCCUCUCUCAGCCCCGACGCUGCUGCCAACACGCAGAAAAAUGAAGAUACAACCAACCCUGGUGCUGUAUGCAGAGUCCCACCUGCAGCACCCGCCUCGGAGCAGCACGUAAAACACACUUACUCUGAAACAUUUCAUGGUUUACUUCUUUGUCUGUCUCUUUUUUUUUUUUUUCCCAAACUUUUUAGAAGUUUUCUGUUAAUCUGCUGUGGUUUGUAGAGCCUGAACACCAGUGCGGAACUGGAGAGAGGGGAAAAGGACGUUUUGCGGUGUGUUCUGCGAGCGCACCCGGGGCUUAGCGGAGGAGUCUCGGGCAGGCGGCGCUGGCAGCGCCUCCAACCCAACGUGUCCCAGGUUCUCAGCACACUUUUCCUUGCACUCGGAACCAGCCUCUGCUUCCCCUCGCCAUGCAGUGUGUAUUACCUGCUUUAUAGGAGUAUAAAACCUACUGCAGAUGAAAUGUGCUGCAUACGUUGCUUUUCCAAAGAGAGCAAAAGCCACAGGACCCGGGGAAAAGGCUGAGAUGCAAAACGUCGGCAGGGGUUGGUUGUAACUGCUAAACCAAAACUCCUGUUGAAUUCUGUGCAGCUUGCAUGGUCUGACUCAUGGUUUUUGGAGCUUGUUUUCCCUUUGAGCUGCUCUUUCACCUCUACAGCCCCACAUCCCUCCCUGCAAAACCAGGCCUGUAGUGGUGGAGACUGGAGUCAGGCUGAGCCUGACCCUGAGCAUCCCCAGGAGCAAAGCUUGGCUUUUAGACUUGGCUUUUCUCCUCACCUGCUCUCUGCAACCCCUGCGGCUGCAGCUGGGCCUAUGUAUUUGUCUUUCUUCUUUUUCUCCUGUGCUCCAAACACGCUCAUCAAACAGCACAAAGCGCCUGCAGAGCUCGCUGCGCCUGGGCGCCAACGGGCAGAUCCCCGCGCCUUUGGGAGCGGGGCGGCUGGGUUUCUGCUCCACAAACAGCUCCCGAUGAGCCGAGUCCUGUGGGUCUCGCUCAGCCUCCCCCGAGCAAACGGCACCCGCGACGGGGCCGGGACUGCAGUGCUGGGACACUUCUGGUUUUUAUUCCCUCCUCCUGUCCGUCUGUCUCUCUGCAAUCAGACGGAUUCUAAUCAAAGCAGCAUUAGCCUCAAAUUGUCACCCCGCAUCCACUCAUCCCGCAAGAGGGACAUCAAGCAUGAAAGCAAAUGUCCCUUAGAGAGACAAACGUCCUGCUGCUCCGGCGUCAUGUGGCUUUUGCUGCGGUCCCUCUGAUGAUAAAUAGAUGUUUCCCCGCUGCCCUUCAGCAGGACGAGACGCAUCGUCCUCGGUUGCGUUUGUCCCCUGGAGCUGUUGCUGCUCAGCCUGACACGUGAGAACAAGUAGCAGCGAAAAGUGAUCCUGGGGGAUCAGAGUUUCUCAGGACAAACUGUUCUAAUGUCGGCUCCUGCUCCAGCAAAGCACUUAAGCCUGCGCUUAGCAGAAAGCAGGGGAAAAAAAAGCCCACGCCUAAUUGCUUUGCUGGAUUGGGAUGAGCAUUAAAGCCCUGGUUAUUCAGCUCUGUAACAGCACCCAGACUGCACGGGGCGGCUCGUCCCAUGUGUGACGAUGGUGCCUGUGACACAGAACCUGCGGCAAUAAAACCUGUCCUUGCUGCCGGGAUUCGGCUCAUCCAGCGCCCCUUGCCCCAAAGCAGCAGCUGUGAAGGCGGCUCUGGGCUUGCACACCCCAGGGUGGGUGUUUCAUUUUACCAGCACAGUCAAAUGCUUUGUUUUUUUGCAUUUAUUCUGUUUUUUUCCUAAAAAUCUCCCAACGUCAUUUCCAUCCACACCCCCAUUUAUUAAGCACCAUCAAACUACCAGAUCUUGGUCAAAUUCUCUGUAAUACUUUCUCCUCUAGGAUCUGAUGAGCUGGUGCUUGUGUUUGCACCUUUCUUAAUGAGUUUCAUAUUUAAUGGAUUUGGGGCUGGUUGUUCCUCGCACCCGCUCCGCCAGGCCCACGCGCUGCCAGGGAGGGGCUGUGUGUGUCGCCAAGGGCUGGCACAGCUCCCUGUCCACAGCGCCAAAUCAGGGCCGUUAUUUCACUUCCUUGCUUUGGUUUGCGGGGAUCGGGAAAUUCCCCAUCUCUGUGACCUUUACUUAUUUCAGAAAUCAAAUCUUGGUGCCAAGAGCCCCAGAGAAAUCACAGAAGCAUUUGGGUUGGAAGAGACCGUUAAGGUCACCAAGUCCAACCAUAACCCAACUCGAACACUAAACCACGUCCCUAAGAACCUCAUCUGUACGUGAUGAGUGACCCUUUGAGUGCAAAGCUGCGUAUAUCUGGUUGCUCAUCACCCAACCUAUCAUGACAACCACUGUCUAUCCCAGCAGAGACAAGCAACCCUACCAAAACACGCUCCUGUGUUACUUAUGUUUAACUAGCAACCUGAGCUGGUGAAGAUGUCCCUGCUCACGGCAGGGGUGGCACUGGAUGAGCUUUGAAGGUCCCUUCAACCCAAACUGUUCAAUGAUUUGGUGAUUCUUCACAGACCAUGUUUUAUUCCCCAGCACUUUGCAGCAGCUCAAAUUAAAAUGGGUCAUUAGUGAUGGGGGAAGCAGGAUCCAGAGCAUCCCGUUGCAGGAGGACAAGGAGAGGGUUACAGCCCUGGGCACAAUCCUCCGUGCUCCCAGUCCGGGCUGCAGGGCCGCUUUUCACACCGAGAUGAUUCCAUGGGACUGUGGUGGAUAAAAGCACGUUUGACCAUCUGAAAAUACCAGAUCAACCCCAUUUGCAUUGCUGCUUGAACAGCCACAUCCACCUGUUCACCUGACUGUGUAGCUUGGUUGUGUCUCUCCACCAAAGCCAGCCAGGAGGUAGGACCUACAUUAACUGUUCCCUGUGGCUCCUUGUUAUUCAGGGGUUUGAAAUGCCCAAAAAUGUCUGUAUCACCUGUCUAUGCCUUAUACACAAUGAUGCAAAUCGCACUGUGGUUAUAAAUGAAAUGCUCUGAAACCUC